AUGGCGGGACGUUACGUGCCUCCGCAUCUUCGCAACAAGGAGCACGGGGAUGCAAAAUCAAACGAUGUUCCACCCGUUCAAACACGACCGCCAUGGGUGAAUCUAAAUCAAACCGACAUCCACUACUACUUCUGGCCCGCGCCCGAAAACCCAGAAGACGAAGAAGACUCACCCCUGUUCUCCGCCGAUCAUUCCAAGACGCUGCACGAUUCACGAUCAAACCCGGGUCGUUUGGCGUACAUACUUCUCUUUGACCAAGCAAAUCCCCGGUGGGAAACGGACUACAUCAUCUUCACGAAAUCGAGUCUGGGCCUCCUUCCUGCAGUCCUGCCGAAGGUAGAGACCAGAUGCAGUUCAGAUAAUGAAGGGGUCACCGAUUCAGAGAACCUCGGUGUCGAAGUCACCAAAGCACCAUCUGAGAACAACGACACAGACACACCACAGGUCGACAUCACUAAAGGACCACCUGUCAAUGACAAUACGGACAACCCUCAAUCCAUUGCGGUAUUCAAGCAAGUGGUCGGAAAGCAGCGGACCGCCGGCUUCCAAUUCAAGGGCUGGUUCAAAGUGGAGAAAGUCGAGCUGCUGGAGCCACACAGCGACGCAGUCGUGAAGAUGCUCAAGCAGAAGUGGACAUUCACGGACCGUAAUGGCAACACGGUUCUGGGAGAACGAAGCAAGGAGGAGUGGGAGAGGAGUAUGAAGUAUCGGUGGGCCGUUGUGAAGCUUGCUCGGGAUGAGAAGGCGGAGGAGGAACGCGGACCUCCCAAGAUUGAGAAAGCGCCGUCGAGACCGAUGAAAGAGGAGAAGAGUGUCAAUGAGAUGUUGGCAGAGAUGAGGAUGAAGGAUUCUCAUGGCGAUGUCCCUACCACCGAAGACGGCGCUGCUUGA